AUGCCCAUGGACGGUUGCUGCGAGCCCGUAGUAGUUGGGCCCUGCGACGCACUGAUACCAAGAUAUUUCUACAACAGCACCCUGAACAUGUGCGUUUACUUCACCUAUGGUGGAUGUGAAGGCAACUGUAAUAACUUUGAGACGAUGGCUGACUGUGGUAGCGACUGUCCUCCCGACUGUACCUACCCUGAUGGUUGCUGCGAGCCCGUGGUGGUCGGGCCCUGCGAGGCACUGAUACCAAGAUAUUACUACAACAGCACCCUGAACAUGUGCGUUUACUUCACGUACGGUGGAUGUCAAGGCAACUGUAACAACUUUGAGUCGUUGACUGAGUGUGAGAGCCAAUGCGUUACGCGCCGCGAAGCGACUGUGGCUAUGAGUGCGGCGUGGGUGGCAGCAGGUGGCACCGAGUGUCCUCCCGAAUGUAUCUACCCUGAGGGUUGCUGCGAGCCCGUGGUAGUCGGGCCGUGCAAGGCAGCGUUUCCAAGAUAUUACUACAACAGCACCCUGAACCAGUGCGUUUAUUUCAUCUAUGGAGGAUGCCAAGGCAACUGUAAUAACUUCGAGAGGAUGGAAGACUGUGAGAGCUACUGCGUUACGGACCACUGA